AUGAAAGACCACCGCCGCAGAGGGUGCAUUUCGCCUAGUCCUUCGUUUUCGCAGUGCGAGAAGAAGCCCUAUUGUAGAAAUCACUUAAAAGGUGAAAAAAGGGAUAGAUUGGGUAUAGGGCAAUUAUCGUUAUACACAUUCUCUAGUGUAAAAAGAGAUCGAAUAGAUGGGUUUCCCGAACCAAUAAGGAUGAUAACAAUAAUAAAUCAAGCAUUGAGAUAUCAACUUACUUUAAAAAGGCCAUUCUUUUGUAUCACUAAAAAGUUCGUUUGGGGUAGAGGUGAUUAA